GCUCGGCCGCCUCUCCCCCGGGCGCCGCGAUGGAGCGGCGGGCGCCCUGCCUCCGCCGGAGCCCCCUCGCUGCCGCCUUCCUGUUGCUUUGGGGUGCCGCCGCCGAGGCCGCCCGGCGCGAACUGCAAGUCAUUGACCUCCUGACGGUCUCCGAACCUCGGCAGAUGACCAACGUUGCCAACAAAAUCCGGGCGGAGCUAUUAUCUGUCCAUGAUAUGUAUCUUUUAUCCACCUUCCGCCUCCCCCCCAAACAAGGUGGGGUGCUGUUUGGGCUUUACUACAAAAAAGACAACAGCCGAUGGUUUGAAGCCUCCGUUGUCGGCAAGACAAAUAAAGUCCUCAUCCGAUACUUACGUGCGGACGGGAAGCUGCACUCGGUCAACCUGCAGAAUUCCAACCUGUCCGAUGGGCGCAGCCACACCAUCCUCCUGCGGGUCAGUGGCCUGAAAGGCAGCACCCUUUCCCUGGAGCUCUAUGUGGACUGUAAGCAGCUGGACUCCAAUACGGGGUUGCCCGCAGUGGCAGCUGUUGACCAGGAAAAAAACGAGGCAGUAGAAGUGAGGACCGGCCAGAAAGCCUAUCUUCGAAUGCAGGGCUUGGUGGAAUCGCUGAAACUGAUCCUAGGAGGGUCCUUCAGCCGAGCAGGAGCCUUGAGCGAAUGUCCCUUUCAAGAGGACGAAUCCAUGCAGAACACGGUAUCCAAUGUGAUCAAUUCUCUCUUUGGUGAACAAACCAAGGCGCUUGUAAGGCAGCUGAUCCUUUUCAACCAAAUCCUGAUGGAACUUCAGGAAGACAUAAGAGACCAGGUCAAGGAGAUGUCUUUAAUACGGAACACCAUUAUGGAAUGCCAGGCGUGCGGGUUUCAUGAACACCGAUCCCGUUGCAAUCCGAACCCGUGUUUCAGCGGCGUCGACUGCAUGGAGACAUAUGAAUAUCCGGGUUAUCGUUGUGGGCCUUGUCCUCCUGGUUUUGAAGGGAACGGCACCCACUGUGCUGAUAUCAACGAGUGCUUGUACGCCAACCCCUGUUUUCCUGGGUCCAAGUGCCUCAACAUCGCGCCUGGUUUUCACUGUGAGCCAUGCCCGCCUGGGUACAAGGGAAAUCUUGUCACCGGGGUUGGGGCCGAUUACGCCAAAGCCAGCAAACAGAUUUGCACAGACAUCGAUGAAUGCAAUGACGGGAACAACGGAGGGUGUGACCCCAAUGCCAUUUGCACCAACACGGUGGGGUCUUUCAGAUGUGGGCCAUGCAAAUCCGGCUUUGUGGAGAAGGAGCCAGGCAGCUGUACCCCCCAGAAGGCUUGUGAAAGCCCCAGCCACAAUCCCUGCGAUGUCAACGGAUACUGCCUCUUCGAACGCAAUGGCGAUGUUUCCUGUUCGUGCAACGUGGGUUGGGCCGGGAACGGAAAUGUGUGCGGACGGGACACCGAUAUUGACGGCUAUCCAGACGAGCCAUUGCCCUGCAUUGACAACAACAAGCAUUGCGCACAGGACAACUGCCGGCUGACCCCUAACUCGGGCCAGGAGGACGCAGACAACGACGGCAUUGGAGACCAGUGUGACGACGAUGCAGACGGCGACGGGAUCAAGAACGUGGAGGAUAACUGUCGGCUUUUCCCCAACAAAGACCAGCAGAACUCGGACACGGAUUCAUUUGGGGACGCUUGUGACAACUGCCCCAAUGUUCCCAACAAUGAUCAAAAGGACACAGACCAGAAUGGGGAAGGGGAUGAGUGUGACAAUGACAUUGAUGGUGACGGAAUCCCCAAUGGGCUUGACAAUUGCCCCAAAGUGCCCAAUCCACUCCAGACGGAUCGUGACGAAGAUGGCGUUGGGGACGCUUGUGACAGCUGUCCAGAAAUGAGCAACCCGACUCAGACAGACGUGGACAGUGAUCUCGUGGGAGAUGCUUGCGACACGAAUGAGGACAGCGAUGGGGACGGCCACCAGGACAGCAAGGACAACUGUGCAGAAAUUCCCAACAGCUCGCAGCUGGAUUCAGACAACGACGGGAAGGGCGACGAGUGUGAUAACGAUGAUGACAAUGACGGGAUCCCCGACUACCUGCCUCCUGGUCCCGACAACUGCCGCCUGAUUGCCAACCCCAACCAGAAAGACGUUGACGGCAACGGCGUGGGGGACGCCUGCGAGGAGGAUUUUGACAACGACACGGUGGCCGACCUGAUGGAUGUGUGCCCGGAGAGUUCCGAAGUGACGUUGACCGACUUCCGGGCGUACCAGACGGUCAUCUUGGAUCCUGAGGGAGAUGCCCAGAUUGAUCCCAACUGGGUGGUCCUCAAUCAGGGCAUGGAAAUUGUCCAAACCAUGAACAGUGAUCCAGGCUUGGCUGUGGGAUACACGGCGUUCAACGGGGUGGACUUUGAAGGCACUUUCCAUGUCAACACCGUCACCGACGACGACUAUGCGGGCUUCAUCUUUGCCUACCAAGACAGCGCCAGUUUCUACGUGGUCAUGUGGAAGCAAACCGAACAGACCUACUGGCAGGCCACGCCCUUCCGGGCUGUGGCUGAACCGAGCUUGCAGCUCAAGGCGGUAAAAUCCAAAACGGGCCCCGGCGAACAUCUCCGCAACGCCUUGUGGCACACGGGCACCACGCCGGGCCACGUGAAGCUGCUUUGGAAGGACCCCCGCAACGUGGGCUGGAAGGAUAAAGCCUCUUACCGCUGGCGUCUUUUGCACCGACCCCAAGUGGGGUACAUCCGGGUGCUGCUCUACGAAGGGCCCCAGCUGGUGGCUGACUCCGGGGUCAUCAUCGACACGACCAUGCGGGGCGGGCGCCUCGGCGUCUUCUGCUUUUCCCAGGAGAACAUCAUCUGGUCCAACCUGCAGUAUCGGUGCAACGAUACUGUCCCCGUGGACUUCGAACCAUUCCGGCGGGUUUUGCUGGAACAGCCUUGAAGAGGGCUGGAAACGCCAACCCAAAGGGUUCCGAGUGGAUCUCCCCAAGAACAUGGCCAACCCGUUGGAGAUCCACCCCCAAUCAACGCACAGAGUUCUCCCACAGAUCGGAAAACCUGCCAGCCACCCUUGGGCGUGUCUGCAAAAUGUGGAGGGAUUCUACACUCAGACAGAGAAGGCGCCGAGAACACACCACUGGGGCUCACUGGGGAUUUCAUUUGGGGCUGUUCUUAG